CUCUCCCAAGACCCGAAAUAUAAUCCACCGUUCGGGGAAAGUCCGCCAAUAACGACCCGCAAAUGGACCGGCCCGAAACUAGCCAGCCGCCGCCUCCCCCGGCGAUCUCCGACCGGGUCCUCAUCGACGGCACCGUGGUUCCGGUGACCCUGACCGCCGACGGGAGGCUGGUCUGGUCCGGCGGACGCCAGCGGAGCCUGAGCGUCGAGAAGGAGGUGCUCGGAUUCGACGCGGAGGGCCCCAGGAUACGGAUCAAGGCGGUCGUCGACGACGGCGGCGACCGGGCCUGCUGCGCCGGGAGAAGGGGCGGCCUGGCGAGGAAGGACUACGUGUUCGAGCCGCUGUCGGAGGAGUCCAAGAAGCUCUGGUGCGAGAAGCUCCGGGAUUGCAUGGAUUCGCUAGACCGUCCAAAGAAGUUGUUAAUACUACUAAAUCCUUUUGGAGGAAAGAAAUUGGCUCCCAAGACUUUGGCCAAUGUUGUAAAACCUCUUCUUGAGGAUGCGGGAAUUCAAUUUGACAUAAAAGAGACUCAAUACCAGUUGCAUGCAAAGGAAGUCGCUCGUUCUCUGGAUCUAUCAAAGUAUGAUGGUAUUGUCUGUGUAAGCGGAGAUGGAAUCUUAGUUGAGGUAGUAAAUGGAUUGCUUGAAAGAGAGGACUGGGAGGCUGCAAUGAAAGUUCCAAUUGGAAUGGUUCCUGCAGGUACUGGAAAUGGCAUGGUAAAGUCUCUUUUGGAUUCUGUUGGUGAACCAUGUACAGCAUCUUACGCUACUCUUGCCAUUAUUAGAGGACACAAGAAAUCAUUGGACGUGGCCACCAUCAAGCAAGGGGAUGCCAAAUUUUUCAGUGUUUUGAUGCUUGCCUGGGGUCUUGUUGCAGACAUUGAUAUUGAAUCUGAGAAGUAUAGAUGGAUGGGAAGUGCUCGUAUGGAUUUUUAUGCACUUCAACGUAUACUUCAUCUGAGAAGAUAUAGCGGGCGCAUUUCCUUUGUGCCUGCUCCUGGAUAUGAAACUCAUGGGGAGCCUACUAGUUAUAGUGGCAACUUUGCUGGGAAGGACAUUGUCUUUAAGAAAAGUGAAGGAAGCUCAGCUAAGGUUGAAGGACAAGGUUACCAAGGACCUGACGUUAAGUUGGAGGAAUUAAGCUGGAGAAGUAUUGAUGGCCCAUUUGUUUCUAUCUGGCUGCAUAAUGUUCCUUGGGGAGCUGAAGACACUAUGGCAGCACCUGAUGCGAAGUUAUCUGAUGGCUGCUUGGACUUAAUUGCUAUCCGGGAUUGCCCGAGGUUGUCUUUGCUAUCACUGAUGACUGAGCUAAAUAAUGGAGGUCAUGUCAAAUCACCUCAUGUUAUUUAUAUCAAGGUAAAAGCAUUUGUCUUGGAACCCGGUCCGCGGAUUGACGACCCAACCAAGGAAGGCAUCAUAGAUACGGAUGGCGAAGUUCUGGCUAAAGGGAAUGGAACAUUUAAGUCCAAGCACAAAGCAAUGAUGGCAUACGAUAGGCUUUUAAUCACUGUGGACCAAGGUUUAGCUACUGUCUUUUCCCCCAUCUGAAAACUUCUCGUCCUACCUUUUGAUAGUUUCAUUCAGUUAUUACUCGUUAAGUUAUCACGAAAAAGAAUUUCCUUUUCUUAUUGGUCUUACCA